UGCUGCUAACCAGGCUAGUAAUGGAAACAAGCCCUUAAAUACCUAUGCUGUCCUGUUUGACUGGCCAAUAGAUGCUUUCCGUCCAUGCAUCGUCUACUUGCGAGCAAAGACUGGAGAACUUUGCAUCUUGGACAUCUUGGACGUAUGUUAAAUUCGCCAGUCCGUUGACAUUUUCAUUGCUAACAUAUUUGCAAGUUAGCCAACUGGGCUAACCGAAGCACUGGACGAACUUCGCAGGGGCUGAAUGCUGCGACUGGGAGAGAGGAGUAGGAGGAAUACUGUCGAACUGCAAGUUUUCUUUGCUAUUAAGUCCUUCACAUGAGAGUCUGUCGUUGAAGCUCAAAUGUUUUGUGUCGUAAGCCACCUCAUUAUUGAUGUGAAAAUCCCACUGGUGAGCUAACAGGAUAUUAGCCAGCUCUCUCGACACUCCGCUUUUUGGUCGCAGGCCAUGGACUGAAACGCAUUCAGUGAUGCGUAGGCUGUCUUGAUGGCAGGUAAUUAUUUAUUGGGAAGAAGCAAUUUAAUACAGCUAAACAGACAAAAGGCCCGCCAUAUUUGAACCCUGCUCCCAAACCACUUGAGAAUGCAUCCAAGUCAUAGAGCUUUGUCUACAGUGAAAUAGAACGCUGAAGAACAUAGCGGGAUUAACGGGAUUUUACUCCACUCCGCUGUUGAUAAAAGCUUCACCUGGAAUUCAGAAGGUGGGAAAUACAAUGUCUGCCGCGAAAGAAAACCCUUGUAGGAAAUUCCAGCCGAACUUCUUCAACAAAAGUAAAUGUCAGAAUUGCUUUAAACCACGAGAGUUGCAUCUGUUGACGGACCAGGACUUGACCCAGGCUAAACCUAUAUAUGGUGGAUGGCUGUGCUUGGCCCCUGAGGGAACCAACUUUGACAAUCCUACGCAGAGAUCCCGGCUUUCAGUCUGGGUCCGGAUUGGACGGCUUCUGGGUCUGGGUCCGAAUCCGGACCGCGGUCUGCCAGUUAGUAACCUCUGCCUUAUGAAAUGGCAGAGGAGGUUCUUUGUGCUGUAUGAACAUGGAUGUCUACGCUUUGCCCUCGACGAAUCGCCAAGCACGCUGCCACAGGGCACAGUGAACAUGAACCUCUGCACUGACGUCAUAGACUCCGAGCCCAAGACAGGUCAGAAGAACUCCCUUUGCAUCAUCACCCCGGACCAGGAGUACUUUAUCAGAGGAGAGAAUAAAGAGAUCAUCAAUGGAUGGAGUGAACAGCUGGUAGUAUACCCCCAAACUAACAAACAGAACCAGAAGAAGAAACGCAAGGUGGAACCAACAACCUCCCAGGAGCCAGGUCCAGCCAAGGUAGCAGUGACUGGCUCUGGUAUCCCAGAGGCAGAGAAGGUUCCAAACUCAAGCUCCCUUAUAUGGCAGGAGGAGCUGAACCAGAGAGAGGCUGAAGGGGCACCAAUCUGGGCCUCUGACCUGCCUCCAGGAUCACCGCUGCCCCCUGCUGUUGACUCUGCCUCCCAGGGCUCUGACUCUGGCUCACUGAAUGGCGACGAGGUGGAUCAGGGUGGCCUCGCACUGCAUGGCUCUGCUCCUCAGCCGCCCAGAGACCUGGUCUCCCCAACAGGCUCAUGCUCAAGUGUGGGUGGGGUCCCACACUGCCUCUCCCCAGCCCCCAGCGACCCCUUCCCUUCUGGUAGCUCCCUGCUCUCUAAUGGCUCACACAUUAGCGGCUCAGUCAGCUCUCUGGACUCUGAUGCCAGCGAAAGCACCGUGACUAGCACCGAAAGCCACCCGGCCAAUCAGAGGGGCAGCCACUCUUAUAGCCACCAUGACAAUCCACGCUCCCGAAGACUGGAGGCAGAGGCUAGAAAGGCUGAGAAGAGGAGCCGGUUUAGGAGCCCAGACAGGCCUGAGAUGAAGGUCCUCCCACGCCCCGAGAGUCGUUUCGGUGUUAUUGAGAAGUUGGAGGCCUUGGAGCUCGAGAAUCCAGAGAAAAUGGAAGUGGAAGAUUUAAUCAGGAGGGGAGCCAGACAGGGCCGUAGUGAGCACAGAGGCUUCCACAGAGAGGUGCAGAGGCAGGACGUGGGUGCGGACUUUCCCUCAUCUCUGCCACCUCUAAGAAGAUCCAAGUCCCUCGACAGAAGGACCACUGAAUCGGUCAUGACGCCGGAUUUACUGAACUUCAAGAAAGGUUGGGUGGUGAGGCUGGAUGUGCAAGGCCAGUGGAAGAAAUACUGGUUUGUUUUGACGGAUCACAGCUUGAGAUACUACAAGGAUUCCAUUGCAGAGGAGGCCUCUGACCUGGAUGGAGAGAUCGACCUGUCUACUUGCUAUAGUGUAACUGAAUACCAGGCUCAACGCAACUAUGGUUUCCAAAUACAUACUCGGGAGGGAGUGUACACUCUCUCGGCCAUGACAGCAGGUAUACGCAGGAACUGGAUCCAGGCAGUCAUGAAGAACAUCAGACCCUCCACAGCCCCUGAUGUGGCAAGCUCAACUGAGGAUCAUAGCACCUUCUGUGUUUUGGAGGCUGCAGUUAGGCCAGACAUUACGCAAGAUUCUAUCUUCUCUGAGGCUUUGUCUGUGGGGAGAGAAUCCACUCCGGCUGUCACAAAGAGCAGAGCACGAGAACGCAGAAGAGAAGGACGUUCUAAGACCUUCGACUGGGCCCAGUUCAGACCCAUCGCUCAGGCACUGGCUCAGCAGAAGGCUGAAGAGGCCGGGAACCUCCAUGCAGACCUGGACGAGUUGGAAAGAAGUCAAAGAAGCGAAAACAGGUGGAAGAGGUGUGAGUCUGUGUCUAGCUCAUCAACAGAACAAACAUCCAUUGACAAAGGAGGGCGAAAAGACUGCAGUGGAGAGGGAGUUUUACAAACCAAUUCAGGUCCCGCAUCCGUGGGGGGGAAGCAGAGGGUGGUGGAGGAGGAGAUUGAACAACACUGGCAGCAACUGGAGAAGACACCCAUACGGGAUGAGAGGAGAGUACCUCUGCCUGCCACUCUGCAAUCUGGAGACACUGUUGAGCUACAGAAUCUAGUGGAGAAUCACAAGCAAGAGAUUGAAGACCUGAAGUCCCAGCUGGAGAGCUGUCACCAGCAGCUUAUGGACUCAACCAGGCACAAGCAGGAGCUGGAGCUUCAGCUGAGAACGUCUCCUGAUGUCCGGACAGGUUACAUCUCCCCUACCACUUGUGAGAGGGGCUUUGCUGCCAUGGAAGUGUCCCAUCAGAAGGUAAUAGAUGAGCUGCAGAGGAAACACCAGAGAGAGCUGGAGAACCUCCAUGAGGAGAAAGAGCGACUGCUAGCCGAAGAGACUGCAGCCACCAUUGCUGCCAUUGAAGCAAUGAAAAAUGCCCACCGGACAGAGUUGGAGAAGGAGCUGGACAAAGCUCGCAAGGCCAACAACAACACCGAAAACGCAGACAUAGAGGAGAUCCGCAGACAGCAUGAGGAGGAGCUGUGUUCUUUCCAGCGGGAAAUUGAAGUGUUGUCAGAGCAGUAUUCCCAGAAGUGUCUGGAAAACGCCCACCUGGCCCAGGCAUUGGAGGCCGAGAGGCAGGCCCUCAGGCAGUGUCAGAGAGAGAACCAAGAGCUCAACGCACACAACCAGGAGCUGAACAACCGUCUGGCAGCAGAGAUCACAAAGAUGCGCUCAAUGACAUCUGAGGAUGGUGGGACACACACACACACCACCAUACCAGGAAAAGAGCUCUACGAGUUAGAAGUGAUGUUGAGGGUCAAGGAGUCAGAGGUCCAGUACCUGAAGCAGGAAAUCAACUCCUUGAAAGAUGAACUCCAAGCUGCCCAAAGAGACAAGAAAUAUGCAACAGAUAAGUACAAGGACAUUUACACAGAGCUGAGCAUUGUGAAGGCCAAAGCCGAGCGGGAUCUGGGUCGGCUCAGAGAUCAGCUGCAGAUUGCUCAUGAGGCACUUGGGGAGCCGUCGCUAGAGGAAGUGGAGCGAGGAGGAUACGAUAUCAUGAAAUCCAAGAGCAACCCGGACAUCCUCAAGAUGGCAGCUGCUGCGGCCAAACGCUCAGAGCGCACAAUAAGGUCAAAGAGUCUUAAAGAAGGACUGACAGCUGAGCAGAGACUACAUCUGUUUGAAAAUGAAGACCGUAAGGAAUUCUGAAAAUGACUAAUGUAUACUGACAUUGAUGCAUGUUUAGAGGCCCACUAUAUUUUAGCUCUGUAAUUUAUUUUUUAGUUGCACUACACACUGGUUAGAAAACACAGAUCACAUAUUAUUAAAGAACCAUGUUAUGAAGUUUCAAUAUCAUGUCUAGACUUUGCAUUCAAUGCACUUCAGUUUACUGUGACAUUUUUGUACUGUUAUUUUUUUCUGCCAGGUCUUAAUGUAAAUACUGUUUUAAAUUGAGCAACUAUUCUGCAUAUAUUAAAACUAUGACCGUGUAAGCUACUGUUUUAAUUGGAUAGAAUGUUUUGCGAGCCAAAUACAUAACUGUGAUGCUAACUGCUAAACACAACUACUUAUUGGUGAGUGAUACUUGCUUUACAAAACCAUAGGAAUGAGUUUGGUGUUCAGGUUAAUGCUCCACCACUACAUCAUCAUUCCAAAACGAAUGGAAGAGGAUCUCCGUAAACCCGCUAAUGAACUAAAGUGGUGGUCUGCAUUAGAAAGCAUGUUGCUUGACCCUCUGACUUCUAUAAUAAGAUCAUCAAUGUCCUCUGCAGUCCUUGGAUCAAAUGUAUUUAUUUAAAUGGUUUGGAUUUUUCUUUCACAUUCCCAUUCCUGUGUACUUGUAAAUAGAAAGCAAAUAUACACCGACUGACUACAGGUUUAUAGGCAAUAAAUAUUUUUGCACCCUUUAUGAUUUGGGAUUGUUUGGAAAGUUUCAAUCAGUUUUUUUUUUAAACAGGAAAAUGACAGUACAUAUAUUUAAAAAACAGUGAUUAAGAUAGCAUUCCAAUUUAAUGAAUUAUUGAUGCUCUGCCACAGGUUUGAGGUGUAACCAUAUAGCCUAUUUAAUUGAUAUUUUAUUAAUUCACUAAUUUGUCUCAGAGGGCUAUGCAUUCUGUACACAGGUCCCUAGCAGUCAGGGAGGGGUUGGAAAUGAGUUUUCAAAGAUAACAGUCAGAUCGUUGGUGGUAGAGCCUUUCCCUGAAAGGAAAAGAAGUUCAGUCUCGUCAAGGUUAAUUUUCAGAUGGUAGAUGGCCAUCCACUGAGUGAUGUCAGUCAAACAGGCAGAGAUAUAUUACUGCUACCUGUGUCUCAGAUUGGGAAAAAGAGAAGAUUAAUUGAGUGUCAUAAGCAUGGCUUUGGUCGGCUUCCGUUAAGAAAGAUGAAGAGGACUUUUACCCUUCAGCACGACAACAACCCAAAGCAUACAUCCCCAUAAACAAGAAUGGCUUCACCAGAAGAAGUUUAAGGUUUUGGAGUACACUUGAAUCCAACUAAACAUCUGUGGGGUGAUCGAAGAGGGCUGUGUACAGGAGAUUACCUCGAAACCCUAUCAAAGAGUGGGCUAAUAUUACCCAGUCAAGUUGUCCCAUGCCUAUAAACCCCUCCCCAAAGAGACCGAGUGCUGUAAUAAAAUCAAAAGGUGAUUCAACAAAAUAUUAGUUUAAGGGUGUGCAGAUUUAUGCACCCAGGUUAUUGUAUGUUUCUAAUUUUUUUUGUUCUUUUUCAAAUUAAUAGAUCAUAUUAACGGUGGGAAAGGUUGAAAUGUGAUUUGUCUUUGUUUCAUUUUUUUACAUCACAAAAACCUGGCAUUUUAAGGAACAAUUUUGUGGUUGCUUUAUCAACAUUGAGCCUUCUUAACAAUUAGCACCAGGAUGUCGUGGGUGUGAGGGGUAGGUAACAAAACCGUCAGACCUCUCCAUCACAUUCAGCCUCAUCUCACCCAAAAGAGAGCAGCCUAAUCUAAAGCUAGCUAACUAGGCUUAAAAGUGUUCAUAACUUUGAAUCUGUUGUCAGAGACUGUUAUUUGUUCCCCGGUAAUGUAACAUUUGUUUAAGGGCAGAGUUUAGAUUCAUUACUUAAUGUUUUAAUAUCAAGUGUUUUUGCUUCUGACCCUAUUGUUUGCUUUUAUGUAUUCAUGUGCAUUAUAACUAACAAUGUUUAAAUUAAAGGACAUGCAUGACAGGA